AUGCCCGUCUCCCACAUCGGCCUUACUGUUUCGCAUCUGCCAACUUCGACGUCCUUUUUCCUCUCUGCGCUCCAGCCACUGGGCUACCGCUACAUUGGAGAAACUGGAAACCAGAUCGGUCUCGGUAUCAACGAUGCCGACUUCUUCCUGUGCCAAGAGACCCCUGGCGUGAAAGCCGGGGCCGCACACAUUGCAUUCACCGCUCCAAGCACAACAGCAGUGCGAAAUUUCUAUGCCGCUGCAUUGACUGCCGGUGGCCGUCCCAACGGAGCACCCGGCUCUCGUUGCUCCGAAAAUGGCCACUUCAACGCCGCAGUACUCGACUUUGACGGAAACAGCAUUGAAGUUGUCUACCGAAACGGACCCGACAUGAGGCACGACGGGACCAUUAUCGAGCACAGCAGAGUAAUCACGUGGUCAAGGACGGUUACCCACAGCUCCAGCUACUACGAAAGCAGGAGCUCCACCAGCUCUUCAUCGAGCGCCAGCCCCAUCAUGACACCGCAAACCGAGUCCGUCGCUUCAAAAGCACCCAGUGUGGCCAGGAGCGUCUCCGCGCCCACAGUUGUCCCCGUUCCUGAGCCGCAGUCAAAUUCCAACAACGGCAGUGGAGCCCAGCAUCUUCUCGGAACAUUACUCGGAGCUGCGGCAGGUGCAGCCGUCGCUUAUGCAUUUGUUCGCAGCGAGCAGGAUAGCGCGAGGAAAGAGGCGGACUUCAGCGCCUUCAUGGACGCCAAAAAUGCGGUCAAGACGGCGGCUGGCUUUUUCGCUCAGGCCCCAUCCCAACCCCAAGCCCAACCCCAAGCCCAGCCACCCCAACAGGCACCGGACCCACAACCCGUGGCGGUACAGCCUGUUGAGAUCAAGGCACUGCCCUCUCCUCCGUCAGUACACCGCAACGACGACGAUGCGCGGUCUGCCUAUUCGUCGGCGCCCUCUCGAGCUUCCCAGGUACCCAGGACUUCUGUGCCAAGACAGAUUGAGGCCGCGCCUGCAAGUUAUUACUCACCGUCUGAGUUCGGCGCACCGACGCCUAUGAACGAGCUUCUUGCGAUCGAAUAUGCUCCAGCAUACUCUCGGGCGCCGUCGGCGGCACCGUCGAGGAUGUCUUCGGCUCACCGCUCGCACACUAGUCCCGAGCUCCUGACCAUCGAGAAGGCGAGGAGUAGCGUAUCCACAGCAAGGCCGGCGGAAAGUAUCGCAUCAACAGCGAAGCCGCCCCGACCCACGUCGUCAAAACCCCAAAGUGUAGUCUCCAAGGCUCACAGCACGGCGCCUAGUGCUGUGCCCAGCACCCUGAUUUCGUCGUUUGUGGCUGAUCGCCCUGAGCACGAGGAUGAGAGUAGCGUUCAAUCGUAUCACUCUGCUCGCACCAAGGCCAGGUCUUCUCACAGCUCUGUUUCAAAACACAGCUCGCGUCGGGAAGGCAGGGACGACAGUAAUAGCUCUAGUAGUCGUAAAGAGGGUCGCAGUUCUUCCCCUACGGAAUCAAAGGCCCCUCCUCCCAAGCCACCGAAGCCUGCUUCCAAGGCCGCCUCAAUCGUCAGUAGCAUCCUAGGCCGUAACAAGUCCAAGGACCACGAAGAAGAAGACGACUUCAUUGAUGACCUUGAUCUUGACGACUUCACCGAAGAUGAUCUCGACACCGUCGUCCCCAGCGACAGCAUCUCGCAGAUUGGCGACCCGUCGACUCGCCGCCGCCACCGCUCGCACCGCCACAAGAGCAAGAAGCACGACGACGGCGAAUCAACCGUGAGCCACCGCAGCAAGAAGGAGAAGUCAGCCGACGACAACGAGUCUUCGGUCAGCAAAUCUUCCAAACACUCGCAUCGCUCCGAGCGCUCCGAGCGCUCCCACCGAUCUCACCGGUCCCACCGCAACGACUCGGCCGACGACGAAGACUCAUCGCGCCCCCACCGGUCGUCGCGCUCCUCCAAAUCUUCCAAACCAAGCCUCGUCUCAGAGUCCAGCGAGGCGUCCACCAUCCGUCCCUCCGGUAAAAAGACGUCCCGCAAGGAUAGCCUCACUCAAGGCCAGUACGACGGCCUCUUCGAUGAGGUGCAGUAUGGUACCGGUGGUGUGCAUGCGAGCAGACAGGUUACACCCAGUAUGGCUAGCGCAGCGCGCAAGAACCCCAUGCGUAGUAUGAUUAACUUUAGCCAUGCGCAGAAGGUGAGGAACUUUGAGGGUAGUCAGGCGGGGCUGGCGAGGGAUUAG